CGGAAGCCCAAGCCCAGCCAAGCCACGAUCCCUUCUCCUUUUGCUUCCUGGCAACAUUCACUGCAAGGGUUAAAUUGCAAUCCGGAUUCCGAGAGAGGCUCGUGGGAGGGUGGCGGAGGCGGCUAAAUUGGGGCGGCCCCUCCCUGCGCAGCCCCCACACCUCCCUCCAAACCUCCCCAACACCCCUCCCCGCAGCAUGAGUGGUCUCCUCCAAGAUGGCUUGGCUAUGGCCCCCACUCCCCCCAAUCCAGACAUUUCUUGCCUUAAGAAAGAAGAAGAAACGGAAGAAGAGGAAACAGAUCAUUCGAGUUAUGCUGAGGUCUGCUCUCCAAAGAUGGAAGAGGAAGACUCAGAUAUCCCUGAAACAGGAAGAUGCCCUGAAGCCUCCCAAAAUGAAAGCAGAGAGGGAUUCUGUGAAAGAAAUGGUCAAAAAAUCCUGGGUGUGGACAACACCAACUUAGAAGUAUGGCACCAGCGCUUCAGAGAGUUCUGCUACCAGGAAGCCAGAGGUCCCCAAGAGGUUUGCAGCCAAAUCCACAACCUUUGCAACAAUUGGCUGCAGCCAGAAAGACACACAAAAGCUCAGAUCGUGGACCUGGUAGUCCUGGAACAGUUCCUGACUGUCCUGCCCCCAGAGAUGGCGAGAUGGAUCAGAAAACAUGGUGCAGAGACCAGUUCUCAGGUCAUGGCCCUAGCAGAAGGCUUCUUGAGUCUGGAAGAAGGCAAGAAAGAAGAAGAGCCACAGGGUCUGGUGACAUCUGAAGGGAUGGCUGCAUGUUGCACAGAGCAGGAGGGGACCUUGCUGCGUCCAGACCAACGGGCCCUGCACAGGAAUGCUGGAGAAUUGGGGGAAUGUGGCCUCCUUGGGAUGGGUUCCCCACUCCCUCAGAUCCAGGGACUUCUUGCCUUGAAGAAGGGGAAAAGGUUGGCAGAAGAGGAAGGACAUUCAAGUGGUGUUGCAGGCUGCUCUCCCAAGAUGGAAGAGGAAGACCCAGCUAACCCUGAAGCAGGAAGAUACCCUGAUGCUGUCCAUGCUAAGAGCAGUGAGGGAUUCUGGGAAAGAACCAUGCGGAAGAUGCUGGAUGAGGACACCAGCAGCUCAGAUCGGAAAUGCCAAAUACUCAGGCAGUUCUGCUACAGGGAGGCCGAGGGACCCCAAGAGGUUUUCAGCCAACUCUACAAUCUUUGCCUUCAGUGGCUGAAGCCAGAAAGCUGCACAAAAACUCAAAUUGUGGACUUGGUAGUACUGGAGCAGUUCCUGACUGUCCUGCCCCCGGAGAUGGAGAGCUGGGUCAGAGAAUGUGGAGCGGAGUCCAGUUCCCAGGCAGUGGCCCUGGCCGAAGGUUUCCUCCUGAGCCAGGCUGGGGACAUAAAGCAGGAAGAGCAGGAGACUCCGGUGACCUUGGAUGAAGUAGCUGUGCCUUUCCCCAAGGAGAAGCAGGCUGUGCUGGACCCAGCCCCAAGAGAUCUGCACGCAGAAGCCUUGCUGGCAUACUCGGGGACUGAGGUCUCUUUGGCAGGUGGUGGAAGGGAGAGCCAGAAAGAAGAUGAAGCACAGACCAAGAAAACGGGAGCAAAGCAGAGGCCGGGGAAGAAACCAGUUCCUUCUGGAGAGGGUGCUCUGCACAAAAUUAGAGUCCAACAGGACUCCAGUACAAGUGAGAUACAGUAUAUAUGCUCAGGAUGUGGAAAGAGCUUUAAGGGCAAGAAACGUCUUGCAAAUCAUUUGAGAAUCCAUCCAGAAAUGCUAUAUAACUGCUUGGAUUUCACUUUCAGCUGCAACGUUCCUAAUAAUCUCAGAACCCACACAAGGGAGAAACCAUAUAAAUGCUCAGAAUGUGGAAAGUGCUGCACUUCUAAAAAGUUCCUUCUUCUGCAUCAAAGAAUCCAUACAGGGGAGAAACCAUUUGAUUGUUCAGAGUGUGGAAAGCGCUUCACUUACAAGACAACCUUGGUACGACAUUACCAAUAUCACAAAAUAGCAUAUAAAUGCUCUGAGUGUGGAAAGAGCUUUGAUCAGAAGAAAAAGCUUAUUAAACACCAAGGAAUCCACACAUGGGAAAUGCUGUAUAACUGCUCAGAGUUCACUUUCAGCCGCAACGUUCCUAAUAAUCACAGAACCCACACAAGGGAGAAACCAUAUAAAUGUUCAGAAUGUGGAAAGUGCUGCACUUCUAAAAAGUUCCUUCUUCUGCAUCAAAGAAGCCAUACAGGGGAGAAACCAUUUCAUUGUUCGGAGUGUGGAAAGAGCUUCAGUUACAAGAUAGCCUUGACAAACCAUUACCGAAACCACAAAGUCAAAAAGCCAUAUGAAUGCUCUGAGUGUGGAAUGAGCUUUAGUCAGAUGAAAAAACUUAGUAUACAUAAAAGAACUCACACAAUGGAGAAUAAAUGCUCAGAGUGUGGAAAGCGCUUCCUUUUCCACCAAAGCCUUACUAAUCAUCAGAGAAUUCACACAGGUGAGAAACCAUAUAUAUGCUCAGAGUGUGGAAAGAGCUUCUUUUUUGGCCAUAGCUUCCGUUUACAUCAAAGAAUCCACAGCAAGGAGAAACCAUAUACCUGCUCAGAGUGUGGAGAGAGGUUCAGUCGGAAUACAUCCUUUGUGAGACAUUGCAGAACCCACAAAGGGAAAAUGCUAUAUGAAAGCUCAGAGUUCACUUCCUGCCAUAAUGUUAUUAAUCAUCCCAGAAACCACACAAAGGAGAAACCAUAUGAAUGCUUGAAAUGUGGAAGGGUCAUUAGUUCUAAGAAAAGGUUUCUUGUACAUCAAAAACUCCAUAAUGGGAAGAAAACACAUACGUGCUCAGAGUGUGGAAAGGGCUUCAGUCUCAGAAUAUCUUUGACACAACAUUACAGAAUCCAUAAAGAGAAAAUGCCACAUAAAUGUUCAGAGUGUGGGAUGAGCUUCAAAUUUUUUAAAAAACUUAUUAGACAUCAAAAAACUCACUCAGAAGAGAGGCCGUACAUAUGCACAGAGUGUGGAAAGAGUUUCCGUCUUCAGUACAACCUUACUAAUCAUCAGAUAAUCCACACAGAGGAAAUGCCAUAUAUAUGCCCUGAAUGUGGUAAGAGCUUCAGAUUCAGGAAUGGUCUUACUUCCCAUCAAAAAAUCCACAUAGGAAAGAAACCAUAUGAAUGCUUAGAAUGUGGAAAGAGCUUCACUCGGAGUGCAACCUUCACAAGACAUAAUAGAAUCCAUAUGGAGAAAUGCUAUAUAAAUGCUCCAAGUGUGGAAAGAACUUCAGUUUCAAUGACAGAACAAGCCUUACUAGUCAUCAAAGAACCUACACAAGAGAGAAACCAUCUAAAUGCUCAGAGUAUGGAAAUAAGUGCAUUUGGAGCCCAGCCCUUAGAAGAGGUUACAGAAUAUACAGAAGGAAAAUGCCAUAUACAGGGUCAGACUUCAAUGAUGGUAGAAGCCUUACUAGAUAUCAAAGAGCCCACACAGGAGAGAAUCCAAAGAAAUGCUGAGAAUGGGGAAAGAGCAUCAGUAUGCCGCUUAAUCCACAGGAACACAUUCACACGGAGCCAGUCUUGUGAAUUUUAGGAAGGCAUGGAGUGUGGAAGAACUUUAGGUGUAGAACAGACUUCGCAUGAAAGAUACAUAAAGCAUGAGAGUAGGACUUUUCUUGCCAAUUGGCCCCAAAUGAUAGUGGAUGAACUUUUCUUCCAAGUGACGAUAUGAGUCCCCACCUCCAUGGGGAUAAAUCCAUGAGGUAGAGCUGCCAUUCCCAAGCAAAAAGUCUUUGAAUGCCCGAACUCAUUCCAUGCUAUCUGUUUCUUCAAGUGUUGAGAAGCUCAAGGAGCUGCACAAAGAUUUGAGAGUUUGUGUCUUUUUCAAUGCCGACUGUAGUGAGCUGCCUUACAGCUCUAAUAGAGUUAACAGGAGGUGAACCCCUGACCUUGAUUGACAGGCUGGUGACCCUAGGUUUUGACCAAUCAGUCAACCAGGUGGGUUGACUGCUGCUGGGAAGAAGAGGGGGAAGAGUGUGUCGAGGAAGAGGAAUAUGAAGGAUGACUAUGCUCUCUCGCUCUCUCUCUAGGUGAGUCCUGUAGGAAAUCUCUGAGAGUCAGAGAUUUGCAGGGAGCUUGGAUCUCACCAGGGAUUUGGGGAGUCUCCACUGGGCCAAAACCAGUAUGUGACUUUCAGAAGUUAGCACAGCAGAAAAUAUGUUUAGUAAGACUUUGUGUUAGCAGUUAUAUUGUUUUCUGUGUGGUGUUUCUUGUAACUGAAUAACUAAGAUUAAUUACGUGCCACGUACAAAAAGAUCUGGCCAUUUUGAAUCUUUGUGUUCCCCCAAAGCCUACAGAGCCACUCAAGGCCCCAGUAAGGUUCAUCCUUCCAACCAUUAGCAGUAUGUAGACCUUUUUCCCCAAGCCGGCUCCCUUGCAUCCCCCCAAAUUUCUGUAGCCUCCUCAGUCUUAGGUCAUUGAAGAAACAUUUUUAGCCCUUAAAAACCGCUCUAGAAAAAGCAGCUGACCUUCACUGAUUCUCCACACAUCCUAGUAUUUUUGUUGCAUGUUGAGCUUUUUAAAUUGAAUGUGCAUUAAAGAUAUGGCAUCUAUUAGUUUUGUCAAAGUUCUUACUUUAUAUAUUACUGUACGAAUUACUGUAUAUAAUAUAUAAAUAUAUAUUACUGUAUGAAUUACUAACUCUAAUAAAUGCAUAUUUACAUUGAAA